CUUCAAUGACAUCUACCAAAGUCCAUCCGCUUUCCCAGCGGCCGGAACAUCCUGCUUUCAUCGCCAACAUCGUGCACAACGAAACCUGUUAGCUCACUUUCGUUCAUUAUUUCCUUGACUGGUCAAAUUUCUUCUUCGUCGCGGCGGCCGCCGCUAGAACUCCGUCAACAUGGCUCUCCAAGCAUCGAUGAGCCUCAACACCAUCGCGAGUACGUCAAGCGAGCUGUGGCCAUCGAUGGAGAAGGUGCUCAAAGCCCCAUGGAUUCGCUAUGAUAGACAGCUUGGGAGUGCGUCGUCCGCUUCAAGAAGAGUUCCGUCGCAUGUAUCCAAGACUGAAGAGGCUGCUCUCGUAACUCCCUCUCCAUCGAAGUUACCAGAUUGCCUUAGGCUUGUCAAUCUAGCAGACAUUGUAAUGCGACCGACACUUAUGCAUACGGCACCCACUACGACGAGUAUACUUGGAUAUACGUCUCGAGAUGCUCUUCGUAGCUGCAGUGUUCUUGCUCGCCCUAUGCCUCAACCCCAAUUAACCACGCGACAGUAUUCGACAUUCAACCGGCUCGGACCUUUCAAACUCCAAUCGAUACAAAGACCCAAAGAAAUGAUGUUUGGUCAAUACAGGACCAUGUACGGGGCGAAUCCGUCAAGAAAUCAACUUGCGCACAUGGAGCUGACGGCAAAUAACAAUCCCACCAGCGCUACUGCCCAGAACGCGUUCUACUCUGCACUGCUUCGAGCUAACAUGCCCGAGAUACUCGUGGAAAGAUAUCAAACAGGUCGCUACGCAUCCAAUCCUGCCUGUGAAGCUCUUUACGGGCGAGCUCUGGAACGACUUGGCCAAACCGAAGGACUGUCCGGACUGCAAACGCAGGCCAACCAAGGUCAUAACUCGAAUGUUACCCCGGAACAACUUCAAAGCAUCGGCCAAGCGAUUGCUGCGAAGUCUAGAGGUGGGAACAUGGCUAAGGUGACCGGUGGUACUGGCACCAAAGAAGGACCGCUCUAUGUUGUUGUCGAUGAGUCAGCUGGGAACAUUGCCUUCAAGUGGGCCAAGUUCAUCCUGUGGUAUGCGAUGCUCGGUUACUUCUUCCUCAUCGUUGUCACCCUUUUCGUGGACGCAACAGGAGUUCUCAAGAAAGUCAGUGGCUCGCAGGACGCAGAAGCUAAGCCAGAGCUACAGACUACUCGAUUCAGCGAUGUCCAUGGCUGUGAUGAGGCUAAAGAAGAGCUCCAAGAGCUGGUCGAGUUUCUCAAGGCUCCCGAGAGGUUUUCCACUCUGGGUGGUAAGCUUCCCAAGGGUGUUCUACUCGUCGGUCCGCCGGGUACUGGCAAGACGCUUCUCGCACGGGCUGUGGCUGGAGAAGCAGGUGUUCCCUUCUUCUACAUGUCAGGCUCUGAGUUCGACGAGGUAUAUGUCGGCGUUGGCGCUAAGCGGGUCCGAGAACUAUUCAAUGCUGCGCGGCAAAAAGCUCCUGCCAUUGUCUUUAUUGACGAGCUGGACGCGAUAGGCGGGAAGCGUAAUGAACGUGAUGCUGCCUACGUCAAACAAACACUGAACCAGCUUCUUACCGAUCUCGAUGGCUUCGACCAAAACUCUGGCGUCAUAUUUCUCGCAGCUACUAACUUUCCUCAAAUGCUGGACAAGGCUCUGACCCGACCGGGUCGAUUUGAUCGCAACGUUGUUGUGCCACUUCCAGAUGUUCGUGGACGUGUCGCAAUCUUAAAACACCAUAUGAAGAAUAUGCAGCUCAGUACUGAAGUCGACGCAUCCGUCAUCGCUCGGGGUACGCCUGGAUUCUCUGGCGCUGAACUCGAGAACCUUGUCAACCAAGCGGCAGUACGUGCAUCCAAGAAUAAGUCCCAGAACAUUGGCAUGUUGGAUCUGGAGUGGGCAAAAGACAAAAUCUUGAUGGGCGCCGAACGUCGCAGCGCUGUCAUCAAAGAAUCGGACAAACUUGCAACAGCCUACCACGAGGGUGGACAUGCUCUCGUGGCACUAUACAAUCCCAACGCCGAUAAGCUGUACAAAGCUACGAUCAUGCCUCGCGGUAUGGCUCUUGGCCUUACCUUCAGCCUUCCCGAAAUGGACGCGGUCAGUCGCGCCAAGAAGCAAUUCCUGGCGGAGAUGGACGUAUGUAUGGGCGGUAAGGUCGCAGAAGAAAUCAUUUAUGGUGAAGAUAGUGUAACAAGCGGUGCGUCGAGCGACUUGCAGCGGGCAACCAACAUUGCUUGGGCAAUGGUCACACAGUACGGCAUGAGCAACACACUUGGCAACAUGGACUUUGCUAGCGACUUUGCCCGCCUAUCGACCGAGACGAAGUCCAAGAUCGAGAGCGAGAUCCGCGUCCUUCUCGAUGACAGCUACGCUCGUGCGAAGAAGGUUCUUACGGAACGUCGAAAGGAGCUCGAUCUGCUGGCAAAGGGUCUUGUGGCUUACGAGACGCUAAGCAAGGAUGAGAUUGAGAAGGUGAUCAAAGGGGAGAAGCUACCUGAACGGCUUGCUGCGUUGGAAGGAGCGCCAAUGAAGCUCCCGGCGCAGCCAACACCGGUGCCGAUUGCAGGGAAGCCAGCUGGACCGCCGACGCCGGGUAUGGCGAGUGCUGGUGCGGGAGAGACGUCUCCGAAAUCCUGA